UCAUGCGAAGUACGAGCAAGAAUGCAGACCGAUGGGAGGCGUUUGAGGCAGAGCCGAGGAUGAAUGAAAACGCAGAAGACGCAGCAAGACGGGUGUUCCAAGAACACUUCCAGCGACCUGAGGCUGAGGUAGAGAAGCGAGGUGUCGUGACGUUGGUUUCAAAAGGAGAAUGUGCAACUCAGCUUCACCUGUUCGUCUGGAACCACAUGUCCUCUGAAGGCGUCAAGGCCGCAAGUCAACCACUGAUCAAGAAUUUCUUGCUGCCGUAUCAGAGCAUGCCGUUACAUUAUCGACACUGGCUGCCAUCCAUCUUGGAGGACUGGUUUGUCGAGGGAGCGGUGAGAGAGGACGGGAUCGAGAGCUCAGAUGCCGACAACAGCCUUCAGCUCCUGAGAGAAGGGCGAUGGUCGUUGAGUUGUGAUGUACUCAAAGAACACGACCUGCACAUGUUCUUGAGCAAAGACAUCGAGGGCUGGAGGGAGGAAGCUCUGAUACAAGACAAGAAGUUGAUGAUCGUGGGCCAAAAUAUCCUCCUGGUGCCCUACUCACCGGAGCAUGUGGCGAGAUACCAUGAGUGGAUGAAGGACGAGGAAAUUCUCAAGUUCACGGGGAGCGAGCCGUUGAGCCUGGAUGAGGAGAUUGAGAUGCAGAAGAAGUGGGAGGACGAGUACGACAAGUCUACCUUCAUCAUCCUAGAUAAGGAGUCUAAGCAUAUGAUCGGAGACAUUAACAUGUUCUUCUAUGAAGACGAGAAGUAUCAUGGUGAAAUCAACGUUAUGAUCGCGGAGAAGGAAUAUCGCCGCAAGGGACUUGCAAAAGAAGCACUCAGAUUGUUCAUGCAUUAUGCAUACAGAAGAUUAGGAGCGAAGGAGUUUGCAGCAAAGAUUGAUGAAGACAACGAAGCAUCUCUCAAUCUGUUUCGCAACCUUGGCUUCCACGAGGUCAACAUCUAUCUCACAUCUUAG